GCUUUUCUUAUGGCGGCCAUUUCAGUCGUUGUAGAUAGUCUGCUGUAUGGUUACGCGAUGCCCUGAAGGUAUGCCGGGCCGAUGCCCAUGAAUCCGCGCACGGUCGGCUGGGUAUGCCUCGCCCUCGUCGUUCAGGCGUUGCUGUACUUGUACUUCACGCGGCGCACCAUACUUCUCGUCGGUGUCCUCUCGGCUCGGGAGAACUUCGAUCGGCGCGCAGCAGCGCGCGAGACGUGGCUGAGCGGCGCGUCUCGCGUCAAGUCCUUCUUCAUCGUCGGCCGCGACGCGUGCAGAGUUCCGCCCGAAGACCGCGUCGAUCCUUAUGUCUGCCAGCGCUGGGAGCCGAACAUUACGGAGAUCAACGAGAACCUUGAGUUCUACGCCGCCACGGCCAAGACGCGCGACUGUUUUCCCCGCAAGCGACCGCUGUACACGGGCUUCAGCUUCGAGGUGCACCACCCGUUGUCGGUGUCACGACUGGGCGUACUCGGUGACAUUCUAAGCGGCAGCACCGGCGUUACGGUCGCGCUCAUCGACGCGCACACGCGGGAGAUACUGCGCAAGGCAGUCAUCAGCACCGAGACGGGCACCGAGGACGGCGGCUACUAUUACCGCAGCAUUGACCGGGUCAUCCUCGGCAAGUACUUUGAAGGGGUAGUCAGCCUCUCCGGCGAAAUCGUGAGCGAGACGUGUUCAACACCGUUGACUUGGAACAACGGCUCGAACCUGCUGACGUACGAAAGGCUCUAUGUGGACCACGAGGACAGGAACAGCGUGGUCUGGACAUCCGCGGCAGUGUCUGGUGUGGGUAUCCACUUUGUUGUGUCAGACGCACUGCCCAGCCUCUUGGAUCAUAUGGACGAUGCCGAAAUGCGCCAAGCCGUGUGGGACGAGCUUGUGGAGGAAGAACAACGCAAGCUUGACGCUGAGGCUCGAAGGUAUCGAGACAUUGCCCUGAUGCCCAUCACAGAUGUGUACCGUAAUCUGCCACACAAGCUGCUGCAUUUCUUUGACUUCCUGCUGCAGCACUCAAUGGAGUUCGACUUCCUUGUCAAGGCUGAUGACGACUCUCUUGUCGACCUGGAAGGUCUACGAAACAGUGUGCCACAGGGGAAGCACCGAAAAAUUUGGUGGAGCACAUUCAGGGAGAACUGGCCAGUCAUUCGCUAUGGGAAGUGGGGUGAAAGCACAUACAGUGCGCCUGUGUACCCUGCCUUCGCAUGUGGAGCUGCGUAUGCUCUGUCGAGAGACAUAGUCCUCUGGCUCGCCAGGAAUAAGGACUACUUGUACAGCUACCAGGGCGAAGACGUGUCCAUGGGCAUCUGGUUGGCUGCGCUUUCACCGAAGCGCAUUCAUGAACCCCGGAACUGGUCGUGCAGCUAUGGCUGCCCUGAUGGCGUCAAUCGUCCGUACAACAGGGCUGAGCUAUCACCCAGUGAAAUGAAGACAGUGUGGGCAACUUUCAAGAAGCACAAGAAGCUGUGCUGAGUCUGGUAUGGACUAAGAAGUGUCAGAAUAAUCAAUAGGAAGCAUAUAAAAAUCGAAAUGUAAUGCCUUUAAUUUCUGAAUAUAUCUGAAAUAGCAUAUUUCCUAUGGACAUUACAUAUUUUAUGCCGUUUGCAGUUCAUUCAGCUCGCAUAGCUAUUCUUUUAGCCACAAGAUUGAUGUGGCAUUAAGAGUAUCACCAAGAUAAAUAUACCUGGCAGCGAAGCUUCCGUAGAAGCCCAUUCGUUCAAAACAUGGCAGUUCUUCGGCGUUUCAUGGGGCUUAGCGCCAUCUGUGUGACGAGGGAACACUUGCGGCAGAAUAAAAAGUAAUGACUGUAUAUUCAAAGCCCACCAUUCCACUUGAUGGACGUUUCGAGCUUUCUGCGCUGAAAGCGAUGCAGCAGAAGGUCAGCCAUACGGUUGUCAAAAUCACACCCCUGCACAGAGCAUACUUUCUUUGGAGGCUGACGAAAGCUUUGGGUAUAGAGUGCUGGUCCCAUCGUCUGACGCCAAGCCUGUCGGCCAGCGCAGCUGCACGAAAAUAGCUAAAGUAAACAAUUAUCUGGCCGUUAUAACUCGCUAUUUUUACUGAACAAGCUUAAGAACAAUGAAACUACCCACGCCAUCAAUUUUAAACAAACGUCAACAAGUAAAACAAUGCAACGUGUUAGGGGGGGCUUAUUGUAAUAGGCAAACUUUACGAGUGCUCCUUUCUGCACACUUCAACAGCUGCAUUGCAUUGCAAGUUGCUAGCGGCAUCAUCGCCCCCUUCUUUGGUGGGUGCUGAAAAAAGCCUAUUUAUUGAUAAUAAUAAAGUAAAACAGAUUUGUCUUUUCUUGA